AGGUUCGUGUCAAAAACCCACUCACAACAUGAACCCUGAAAAUGGCUUGUAAACCGUUGUUUAAACAGCUGAACUUUGUAAUUAUUGGAUGCGAUCGUGCCGGGAAAAGUGAAGUAUGUAAUGCCAUACUUGGGAAAAAGACAUUUAGUUUUUGGUCUUUACUGAAAAAAAGACAUGAGACGGCUACAAAGGAGGCACGUGGGAGGACAAUAACAGUUACCCGUGGAGCGGGCUGGAAUGAGGGCAACCUUGGCAAAAAGGAUGUAGAAAGAGAGAUGUUGUACUGUGUAAAUAGGUCACACAAAGCUGGACUUCAUGCUGUUGUCUUUGUUGUGGAUGCUAAUAGACCAUACUCAGAUGCAACCACCAUAGCCUUAGAAGAGCUUCUCCCAGAGAAGGUGUGGGAUCAUACCAUCGUGGUUCUUCGUAAUGCAGAAGCUCAUGGUGAGAAGCUUGGCGAUUCUCUCCAGAGCCUUGUUCAGAAAUGUGGAAACCGAUGUUGUGUACUCAACAGGGAAUCCAUAUGUGGCAUCACUGAGUGGCUUGAGGCAAUGAUAGCGGAGAAAAAACAGAUUUACUUUGGAGGAAAUGUUGAUGCGGAAGACGAUAAAAAAAUAAGUCUGAUUGCAAAUCUCAGACACAACAUUAAAUGUCUUCAACAGCAAAAAAAUAAAGAAGAAGAAAAGCAACUUGAGGAAAUGACAUGGCAAGCCAAAAUGGAACUUCAGAAGAGUACAGCACUGAAAGAUGUUGAAAUACAAAACCUUCAAGAGAUCUGCCGAAAACAGGAGGACGAACUGAAAUCAUUGCAGCAAGAAAUAUGCUCAGAUGCUCCGUCAAAAGGAGCGGCGGUAAAAACGUCCGGUCUGGAAAUCACAUGGCCCAGCAAAUUAAUGGAGAUUUUGGAUAACCUAGAUGAAAAAGAAUUCAAGAGACUGAAGUUUUUUCUACACCAAAAAAAAAGAAUACCCAAAUCACUUGACAGAGAUGAUCUUGCUGAUAAAAUGAUACAGGUAUGGGGUACAUCCCAGUGUAUCAUCGAAACAGAGGUACUGCUGAAAGAUUUGCAGCGCCUUGAUUUGGUGCAAAACCUUACGGAAUUUAGGAAAGACUUGAGUGGCACUACCAUUCAACUAGUGGACACCCCCUCAACCGUACCAAGCACAAAAUGAUCCCAUCAUGUUGACAGUGUCAUGAUGCCCUUAACCUAUCCAAGGAAACAGGAAAUUGUCCAAGCAACAACAACACAAAUCUGUAUUUGAGGUCUUUUGUUCUUUGCUUGGAUAUCUGAAAAUGCCCAAAUCUGACUUUGUGAGGACACAUAAAGCUGCAUGAGUGUCAGAUCUUAGGUUCAGUUCUUAGGCUAUACCUGCUCGGACUCCAACCAAAAAGACUUGACUUACUUUAGACUUUAACAUUCAAGGAUACAAUUUUUAGUCAACAGUGUACAGGAACAGAGUGACUUUUGAUAUUUGUAUGUCAUUGUACUGAAACCCAUAUGCUCGGAGGGAGAGCCCUAUAGCUCACAACCCACUGCAAACAAAGUACUGUCUUGAAACCUCUCAGACUUCUAGAAGUAUUCUCCUAAUGCCUCUCUGAAAUGAGUGGGGGAACCCACAGAGAAGUCAGAAGACGUCGAAAAAGUGGGUAACGGAACAGGGGACAUCGAAAAAAGACCAGACUCCUCCGACAAUGAGGAAAAAUGAUGCCUUACUAACUGGCAAAGAAGUCACCGGACCAAGAGAUGAACCGCUCUGUGGAAUUAUUUCUAUCUCUAAAGAUCUCCACAACUAAAAAAAAAGGACAUACACACGGCUACUUUGGAGUUAAAGGGACUAUUGACACAGAAGCCAGACCCUGACUCUACACCCAGAUCCAUUUGGGCGGAGCACAGGGUGAUUUACCUCCACACUCCAGCAGGGACUUUAGAGGGACAGGGAUCCUUUUACUGUAAGAAACUUUCUCUGUAGUUGGUCUGAUGUUCUUAUGUAGGUUUAUGUGUUUGUCAGUUUUUAUAUCUUUCAGUGUAAAAUAUCGAUGGAUUGUAUUACUUUACAUAAUAUAAUUUCUCUUAAUGUUAAUGGGCUUCUCUUAUGUAGAUUUAUGUGUUUGUUUUCAGUUGAUAAGGGAAAUCAGUUUUUAUAUCUUUCAGUGUGAGAAAUCGAUGGAUUGUAUUGUUUUACAUAAUAUAAUUUCUCUUAAUGUUAAUGGGCUUCUCUUAUGUAGGUUUAUUUGUUUGUUUUCAGUUGAGAAGGGAAAUCAGUUUUUGUAUCUUUCAGUGUGAGAAAUCUGUAUCAAUGGAGGGUAUUAUGUGACAUAAUAUAGUAAUUAAACUUAAGAUGUUGAUGUCA